UGGUGCAUCAGAGUUCAAGCUGUCUGGCAAUGAGGCAACGUCUGGUGGUGGGGGCGCCACGCCUCGAAAGUGGAACUCUAGGGGUUGUCGCGUGUGAGGGGAUCUCGACGCGUGACGCCACUCCAAAAAUCAUCCUUCGGCGUCAGACGCCAAUUUGUCCCGCCCCAUUGCCCAGCCAAAAACGAUACCUAUUCAUCCCUGCCUUGUCCUGGGUGACCUCGCCGGUAUCCACACGCCCGGACUGUCAAUGGAAACACCGACGAUUGUUUUGAACGAUGCAUUGAAGCCCGGCGACUCUAGAUUCGCCUUCUCAUGGGCCCGUCUUUUGGUCCAUCUGUAAUAUGCCGCCCUCCUCCGACGCGUCACGCCCACUGCCCCAGCCGAGGUCGGGCAUCUUGACGCCCGCCUCGGACGGCUCCGUCAACCGGCUGUCCCCCCGAGGCCUCGGGGCCCGACGGAAGGUUUCGGCCGAUAGUAGCGCCGUGGUCACAGAUCCAACCAAGCGGCCGGCCCGAACACGUCCUGCGCUGUCCAUGGAGGAGCUUCUUAAAGCAUCUAUUGUCGUCAAGCCGCAUCCGCCCAAUGUAUUCGCAAAGCCUGUCACUCUACAGCCACUCAUGCUGCUCCCCCGGGAGUGCUUGCCACUGGCGCAUAUCGACCUGGCCGACCCCCAUGGCGAACUCCCAUCCGCCCGAUUCUUCGAGUCCUGCAUUCGGAUCAUGGAACUCGAAGGCCGUCUUGGGUCUAACACGCUCAUCGCCCGCUCCGAGUCCAGCCGCAUCGCCUACGCCAUUGAACGCCACGGCAAUGGCUACUAUGUGCUAUGCAAACUGGGGUCAUGGGUAGACAUGACUGAGCUUGUAGAGGAUUCGACCGUCGCGUGUAGCGAACGCAUAACACUCGCUAAAGCUCCGCCGGCCACCUCUGCAUGCUUCGAACCGCCUUUGAUCACUCCGCAUAUAUACUCCGAGUCUAAGCGCAAACGGCAAGCAAUCGAGGACCUCCAGUCGCUCUGCAAGAAACGGCAAAGGUCGCAGUCGGUUACUAGCCUAGCGCCACAGCACCCGUCGCAGCAGUCGCAGAUCCCGCAAUGUCACCUGCCUACGCCAGUCGAUGAGGUUUCCCAGGUUGACCAACCGGUUGCCGGUUCUCCAACGGAACCACAUCCUCAGACUUUCCCGUUCCAGGACGAGGUGCAGCUGCCGACGUCUCUACAACCGCCGUCCAGCACUAUCCUGGAUACACAACAGACCGCAGGAGACAUUUUCAAUCAUAUACGAACACAGUAUCUCGAGACUUUGUAUCACUCCAUGGGAUCCCUGGCGUACUUUGCCAAGGGUCCUCUGUCGCGCGCGCGCGCUGCCUUCAACCUCAAUUGUGACGGGAAUCUCGAUAUGAGUGACCUCGUCGGGUUUCUGAAGAGCCUCGUCUUGACGACGAUACUGAUCGACAAGAAAUACCUGACCACGGUCCCCGGUGUGGUUGAGCAGAUGAAGCUGUUGGUGGAGAGCUCAGACGAGGGGAGGGCCACUCGUCCCAAAAAGAGGCUGCCAAAGAAAACCAGGAUAGGAAAAGACGGCCUCUAUCCGAACGAAGGGGACGACGUGAGGAGGUGGUGGACUAGGACAAGGCCCGAACUGAGAGACGAAGAGACAUCAGUCAACCCUCAGCAGGUGCGAUAUCACAUUUCGUGCCUGCGGAGGAGAGAGACGCUCUUGCAGCUCAUCUUGAUCCUCGAAAUACUCUCACUGGAGGGAUCUCAGCAGAUUGGGGACCCUGUCGACAUCCAGUUGCCAGGUCUCGAGACACCAUCAUCCCAAGGCCCCGCCAAGUCGACAGAUGCGAAUAAGAAGAAGCGCAACAAGCACAAUCUCCCGGUACUCUUGGAUGUGCACGCCGAUAGGCUCUGCAUUUGGGAAUCGACAACGCUUGAUGAAGUCAAAGCGCUGGCCGAGUCUCAAUCAAGAACCGGCGAAGUGAGGAAGUCGGAAAAACCACUCGUUGACUUUUGUGUUGACGUGAUCCUCCCAUUUUUCUCGUCUCGUCUUCCCGAGCCAUGCGACUUGCUUAACCGAAAAUUAGGCGGCCCUGUACUCAAGUCGCCCCCAAAGCAGCGGCGAGAGAAGGCGACCGAGAGCUCUUCCAAGUCACGGUCCAAGCCCGGCGCGCCCUCAAAGCGGCCUGUGGCCAAAUCUGUCUCGUCGAGCAAAUCAGCAAGAAGCCUCGAACGCGUGCUCUCUAAUGACAAGCUCAGAAGAAGCGUCUCACGAGGCCCGUCGGAUGCGCUGGCUCAUCUGAGACACGCAACCGUUUCUCACAUCCCAGGCCUGAAGCGGGAGGCUAGCGAGACGAGGAGUUUGAAGGACGCGCCCUCUGUUGAGACGAACUCCCUGAAGGAUCAUCCGACCAAUCCGCUGCUCUCUAGAAGCGCAAGCCUCACUGCCGUUGAAGAUGCCAGGUCGAAGAAGAAGGUACUGGUUGAGGCCGAGCUUCAGGAUGCCAUUUCUGCGCUCAAGAAGCCCAACCGGGUGCUUGCGGGCAAGGUCUUGGCUGAAGAGUCGGAAAUGCGACUUUUCGCAGGGCCAACCUACGUCACAAAACGCAAGAAACCAGUGCCCAGUCCUGUCGGCAACAAGGUGCAAGUCAAGGCAACACCAGCGAACGUCAGGUUCAAGAACGCUCUUGCGGACGACCCGCACCAUGGACGCGGCUUCAACCUGUCGCGUGCGCACCAGGCACUAAAACCGGCUCCCAUGGCCAGUCGCUCUGCCGAGGUAGACUUGGCUGGCGUCGCACGUGACCCUUGUGUUGCCAAUACUCCACUGGCGAACAGGACGUGGCAGAUGUCCGACACCAGUCGGAGGGAUGGGGCCAUCAUGGAUUCUCACGAACGGGGUGAUGACUGUGUUCUCACAUCAUCGCCAAUUAAGGCAAGGAAACGGGCUGCGCGACCGCAGCCACCACAAUGGCCAAAGCCUACGCCCAGUCGUGGCUUACUAUUUCCGCCUGGCCAAUCCGACAUGAUUCCUGCCUCUUCCCCACAGCGACCCCUAGAAGAGGAUGAGGACCCAUUAUCCACCAAGGUCAGAAGCAACGGGAAGGUAACGCCGAGGGCGCAUUUCCUAGCCGAGACACCAGUGAAGCCACGUCCACGGCCGGUUGCAGCUCCCACCGCCGCCGUGUCCAGUCUUACCGUGGAGACGCCCCGGGCAAAAAAGACCAUGGCAGCGGCGCCAACAUCCAUCUCCGUGGCUGUGUCCCCGCCAAAGGCAGCGCAGGCGACGACGAUCUACCAGCAGCUGGGCUGGGAUGACGACUAUCCUGACGAGCUCUCAUGACCAUGACUACAACAACGUGAAUGAUUCUAACGGACAGCAGAGAGAUUCUAAAACUGCUAGUACAAAUGUGGCUGCUUGUUCAGGCGCUUUGAAUAUAGACGAAUGGGUGGGUUCAGAGACUAUGGACAGGAUAUCAUUGGAUCGCUGGCUUGCAUAACAGAUGGCGUUUGGCUACUUUCAGGCAAUGAUUCCUUUGCCGGCUCGUUGCUCCCUUUUUUUUUUUGCUCUCUUUUUGCAUCAUGUUGCCGAGCGAGGAGGCGGGCGGCAAGGCAAUGGCGUUGGGGCGUGGUAGGAGGGGCUCUCGGAUAUGCAUUCGAAUAUCAUGCAGCGUAUCUUAGACAACACUUCGCGAGACCAUCUCGUAAAAUCACGGUUGCUCAACGCCCAAAGAAAACAAUGUCUUCCAGGAUCUAGAAUAUCUGGGCGUAAUCUCGCGUGCAGUCCCACUAGAG